AUGGCACCUCCAGUAACCCUCAAAGUCUCUAGCCGCAUCCCGAAAAAGCCAAUCAAGAAACUCCCGACCAGCAUCGAGAUCACGGACAAGACCACCGUGCAAGAUGUGAAGGAUACUUUGGCAAAGCGGGCUGGCGGAUGGGAUCCGAAUCGAUUCGGGCUGUAUGAGCCAGAGAAGAAGAAGUUGCUGAAGGAUCGAAGGGCGUUGAUCUCUCAGCAAGAGUCUGUGUUGUCUGGGAAGGAGAUUUUGGUUAAAGAUCUUGGCCCCCAAUUAUCCUGGACAACAGUUUUCAUGAUCGAAUACUCGGGCCCUAUCAUAAUCCACCUCCUCUUUCCCUUCCUCCUCCGACCCUACCUCUACAAGCUGUCUCUCCCUUACCUGCCCUACACGUCCAGCUCACUGCCUCCACUCUCUACAUCCCAACUCCUCGCAUGCGCCAUAAUCGUCCUGCAUUUCGUGAAGAGAGAGUACGAGACCCUGUUCAUCCACCGCUUCUCACUAGCCACCAUGCCACUCUUCAACAUCUUCAAAAACUCCGCACACUACUGGUUCCUAUCCGGUGCAUGGCUUGCAUAUUGGAUCUACGCUCCUGGUUCCUACACCGCUCUCGAAACACCACUCACCCAGAAACUCGACAUUAUCGGACUGGUACUCUACAUCUUCGGCGAAGUCAGCAAUUUCCAUACCCAUGUUACAUUAUCGAAAUUACGGAGUCCAGGAGGGACCGAGAGAGGGGUCCCGAAAGGGUAUGGCUUUGGACUGGUUACGUGCCCGAAUUAUUUGUUUGAGAUGAUUGCGUGGACAGGUGUUUUGUUGGUGACGAGGAGUAGUGCGACAUUGUUGUUUAUGGUGGUUGCUUUUGUGCAGAUGCAUAUUUGGGCUCUUAAGAAGGAGAAGGCGUUGCGCACGGAGUUCCCAAAGGAAUACAGAAAAAAGAAGUACCAGAUCAUCCCGGGUCCGGCGGCGCUGGUGGGGUAUUUGAGUGGGAAGGCGAAGUAA